AUGAACCUCUUAUAUCUGCUGGCAUGGGCCUUAUCUGCCCUCGGGCAGUACACCGAAGAGAAGAUACAGUUGGCAAUCUCGAACGUGACCAGCAUGGCGCAAGCAGCAGUUAACAGCAGUGCAGUCCCCGGCGUAUCUAUUGCCAUCGUCUACAAUGGCUCAGUUGUAUACAGCGGCGGCUUUGGAGUCCGAGAUACCAGCACCAAUGAAUCGUAUACAGCGGACACGGUCCAACAAAUGGCGUCCGUCUCCAAGCCCCUGUCCGCGACCAUCGUUGCUGCCAUGAUCACCGCCAGCAAUGGCUCGCUGGCUUGGGACAACUACACGAAUUCUCCCGGCGCAGUAGCACCGUACUCUGACCCAUGGAUCUCACAAGAACUGAGACUCUACGAUGGCUUCAGCCACCGUUCCGGACUCUACGGUCUUUCUGGGGAUGAUCUGGAGGAACUAGGACUGGAUCGCAACACAAUCCUCAGUAGACUGCAGUAUAUGGCGCCCAUUUACCCCUUCCGAGCGGGUUACACCUACAGCAAUUACGGCAUCACCGCUGCAGCCAUAUCGACAAGCGACAAGAUGAACAUGACUUGGGAUGACGCCGCCCAGGAGUACCUCUACGGCCCGUUGGGGAUGACCUCCAGCAGCAGCUCCUUUGCAGAGUUCCUCACCCGCACGAACCGCGCCAGUCUGCACGUUCCCGCGUCACAAAUACCAGGCUACAGCAACAGCACUAACGCAACCCAGUGGGAACCCACCGGCCUACGCAAUCCUGAUGCUCAGAGCCCCGCAGGCGGCGUAUCCUCCAGCGCAAACGACAUGGCCAAAUGGCUACAGCUGCAACUCGGCCUCGGUGUCAUCCCCAACACCACCAACCGGCUAAUCGACGAAGCACCCCUAAACGAAACACACACCCCCUUCACCGUCCGCGGCAAAUCCGCCUUCGGCAUCACCAGCUUCUACGGCCUCGGCUUCGGCGUCGACUACCGCCAGAUGGGCGCACGAUCCUCUCCCAUGCCGGUGCCUUUGAGAAGCCGCGACUGGGUCGCCUUCUGGGACGGCAUCUACGGUGGCCUUGAGGCGGCCGAGUCCGGUGGCGCGCCCACUUUCGGCGCCGCGCCGCAGAACCCGUCGCCUAUGCUGGCGGCCGAGGCGUAUACCGGCAUGUACUAUAAUGACUAUGUGGGGCUGAUGCAGGUUGCUGCUGGAUCAAAUGGCACCACUUCCUCCUCCAACGGUACUAGCAAUACAACCACAUCCGGAUCAGGAGGAGGAGGCGAUCUGACCAUAUCCUUUCCCGUUACCUCAAACAUGACCUUCCCACUCACGCACUGGGACCGGGACACGUUCAGUCUGAACACGGUGCCGCAGCUGAAUACUGCAAUCGAGCCCGUCAUCUUUGCAAUUGGAGCAGACGGGAAUGCGACAACGGUAAUGGUGGACCGACUUAACGGUAAUGGUGGUGGUAUUCUCAAUCGCGUGAUGGACAACAGCUCUUGA